CGAGACGAGCCAGCUCUUGUUUUGUUUUGUGUGCUUGUUCCUGUGUUUUCGCUCACGUUGAUGCAUGCGAAAUGCGACGCGCAAACUCGCGGCGAAUGUAGCAUGGAUGGAAGUCGCUCAACAUGUCUGAUGAAUGAGUAGAAAUGCGAAAUGAUCGAUAGUAGAGGCGUUAAUUGGAAAGUUUGUUCCUGAAAUUUCGUCAUCGGUAAGCAGAACAUUAUAGUGACAAAAAGCCAUGUUUUCCACCAGCACUCAAAGCAAAUGCUGGAUUUUUAAAGACGAGGCUCAAAUCUCAAGGCUCAGAAAAGCAGCGAACGACAGAUUCAUCAACCGACAACAGAAUGCAAACCGAUCUCCGGAUGACUUUCUUUCACCGGAAGAAGAGAGGACAAUCUACAAGCACUACGAGUUCACCCUCCGAGAUUUCUGCAAAAAAUUUCAACCUCCUGUACCCAGGAGCGUAAUCGGCACGUCGUUCCAUUACUUCAAGCGCUUCUACCUCAAUCACUCUGUGAUGGAUUACCACCCUAAGCACAUGCUGGUAACCUGUGUUUACCUGGCCUGCAAAGUGGAGGAGUUCAAUGUUUCCAUUGCACAAUUUGUCAGCAAUGUGCGGGGAGACAGAGAAAAGGCCACAGACAUCAUCCUCAACAAUGAACUUCUGCUCAUGCAACAAUUGAAGUACCACCUCACCAUUCACAACCCUUACAGGCCACUUGAAGGGCUCCUAAUAGAUCUCAAGACAAGGUGUCCUCAGUUUCCAGACCCAGAGAAGCUUAGGCUGUACAUGGACGACUUCCUUGAGCGAACUCUCUUCACAGAUGCAAUGCUCCUCAUGGCACCAUCCCAGAUUGCCCUCACUGCUGUUCUGUAUGCUGCUAACAAAGCCCAGGCCAACUUUGAAACGUACAUAACAGACUUCCUGUUUGCUGGUAGCCCACGUGAGACGCUUCACCACAUCAAGGACACUGUCAAAAAGCUGUGGCUUAUGGUAAGAGCCAUCGAGGUGCCUCCAAAAGAGAAGGUACGCGCCUGUGAACAGAAGCUUGAGAAAUGCAGGAACCAGGAGAACAACCCAGACAGCCAAGUGUACAAACGCAAAAUGCAAGAUGGGCUAGAUGAUGAUCACCAGUCAAGCUCAAAAUAUGCAAGGACCUCGGAGGAGCAUCGACAAGUGGAUGAUUCAAUGGGAGGAUCAAGUGCCUUAGAAGGUUCCCCAUAGCUGCCUGUAGAUACUGUACAUUUGUUUGCUAAUAUAAGAAUGAUGAUUUCA